AUGGAGACGGCAGUGAGUACGACGGUUGGUGCAUUGCGGGAUGUGGCAUGUCAGGGAAUGACGAAUGCUGAGGAUUUAUUGGCUGAAGAUGAGUCGAGCCGAGGGGGGGCAUGGCGGCAUUUGGAGGGUGUUUUCCAUCGGAGUGGUGGGGGUGAGGAGAUUGUGGCUACCCGAUAUCAGCCGGUAGUGAGCAUGAAGGAGUAUGAGCAUUUGUGUGUGCUCGCGCGCCAAGAUCUUGAGAACAAGAGGUACGGUGGUAGUGGUAUGCGACCUUAUGUUCUAAAGUUAUCACAGCUCGAGUUCACCAACGUACCUGACGGGGGCACAAACUAUGUUUUGGAAUUCCGGUUAGGUGUCCAAGGUCAAACCGUGUGUGUGCGAACAAGUACCGACAAACACGUGCCUGUGUCCACAGGCUUUCGGAACGACGAUUACCAAGUUGCCAGCAUCAGCAUGCGUUGCGCCCGUGGACAGACCGUGGCAGUUAACCGGACAUGGAAUCUGGAUUGGCGCGGCCACUACGCCGACCUGCAUCGCGAAUUUCUAGAGAUCAUAAUUUAUCAGAAGAACUACUUCAUCAUUCAAGAGGAAGUCGGUCGUCAUCGGAUCAUUCUAGACGAACUCAUCAACAGUACAUUAGCGCAGAAUAUUAACAUUCCACCACUGAAAAAAAAACUGACCAAGCCAAUUCGUCAACCAGCAGAGACAGAUACGAAUGACUUCACUGGCAUCACGAGCGCAAAUACUGCUGUAGGUAGCGGUAACGGGUUGAACGACAACGAUGUUAUGUUGGCUAGCGACGAUCACUGCUUCAAACUGUCCUUUGUCGCUGAUUUUAGUGAACUUUUCACGUUCCAGAUUGGUCUUGGGCAGUGUUCAAUUGACCUCAGAAACUGUGUUACCGGAGAGAUACAAAGGUACGAAAGUUACAAGGUGCUCCUCUCAUGCCGCAAAAAGGAAGGGUACUUCCCUUACCAAGACGGUGAGUGGUUCCCGACAAAGAGCGCUAUAAUACACAAAGAGUGUCCCACCCUCUUGGAGUACGACGAACCCGGACAACUUUUGUGGAGAGGCACCCUACAGACAUUUUCCUAUAUGGACAUUGUACUGACUUUGCAAGCGAAGCCUCGAGCUGGGAAAUGGGAAAGUUUUGCAUACUCUGUGUUUCCUUGCUAUCGAUUCCUAAAUGUGGAGAAAGAAAGUUUCUCAAAUGUGAUUAUGAAGAAGGGAGGACAUGAGACCGGUGGUGGGCUGCCUUCGCCAAGUGGGUCCAUGAGAAGUCCUGAAUCGUCCCCGGGUGUUAGGGAUAAGGGACAGACUCGGCGGCUGAGUGAGACCAGCGGGUUGCCCGUUCUUUCUGGCACAAUUGGAGUUCCUUUGAAGCCUACGUUUACGCAGAAACUGGGGGACAUGGAUACAGGCAAGGCUCCGGCACAUUUAGCAGUGAAAAUACAGAGUUUUUCGGGCAUCAAUUUGUCCGUCACAGGCCCGAUUUAUUACACCAUUGCUUUGAUCGACAGUCCGUUGCCGCCGGGAUGUAUGCUGCCGGGAUGUAUGCUGCCGGGAUCUAUGUUGCGUGGUUCCUCUCCGGCAACCUUGGCUGGAGAAACGCCUGUUGGACGAGAGUCCCCGACCCGAGGGGUUCAGGAAGAGUUCAUAGUGGCCCAUUCACCUAUAACUCGUUCAUCCAACGUGGCGUUACGAAAUAUACCGACGGCGUUAUUCAGCAACAAACCGCGACGUCGUUUACUACUUCGAAAUAAUCACCCAUCAACAUCACCCGACGAGUCACUGGUUCCCUUAAUCAAUAAGGGGGCAGUACCGGAUCCAGAUGAUGUCAUAGCGUUGCAACAAUGGUUGGAGAAGCAUUCAAUUGUUAUUUGUCUUUGGUCAGGUAGUGAUAGUCCUCCAAAUACUACAGAGGGGGCCGUUCCCCGUGAGGUCUUUUCUUCAGAGGCCUUCCAUACCGUCCGGAAGCCUUUGGGACAUUGUACACUGAGACUUAUCGAUGUCGUGAACACUAUUUGUAACCUACGCCCAGGCUCUGGUAGGGCCGUCAUGGACCUCCCCAUCCGACUUCUUAAACAAGGUUCAGAUACUGCUCGGGCUGGUAUUGAUCUCCGCCUCGCACUCUCUAUGCACCCUGUACCCAAAUGCGCCGGCUUCCAGGUCAGACACAUUAGUCUUAACCCAGCUCCCACCAACUCUACUUAUUGCCUCACCAAUGAAUUCGGACGCACCCAAUCACUCUUCUCAGCACUCACUCUACACAGUCUACCGAACGUCGCGCAAAAACUCAGUCCCUAUGACCUCGGCCGAAGUGUCCGUCUUCAAAACAGAAACAAUGAUUUCUUCCUUAACCCGUCAACUUGCGCCUACACAGGCUACGGGAACCAAAGAGAUAUCGCUAUCCUUGUCACCGCCAUCGGACUGUAA